CCUCCCGUCACAGUUUGUCUCAGUUUCUGGCAAAAACCUUCCGGGAGUCACGCAGGGCGGAGCAAUCCCGCCGGAUUGUUGCCGUGUUUUGUUCGGGUUUUGUUCCGGUUGCUUUCGUGGGGUGACAGUGCAAGCGCCUGCAAGGGAACGGAAUCAGGACAUCGCCCUGCUGGCGGGUGUACUUUCCACACUUGCUAAUGCGUUUGGCAAAAAGCUAUACCGGCCGUAAACACCCGAGAAAAACCCCGGGCCCGUGCGAGCGUACCACCUGAUCCUGGUUCCCGGUCGUAACCUGUCUCCUGCGAAAAAGGGGCCAGCGUGUGUCCUUGUGUUUUGCGAUUCUAUAUAAAAACAUGACGCACAGGAGGUGUUGAGCUGCAGAACGAGCUGGCACGUGACCAUGAGAGGUUGUCGUAUCCUGUCGAAGAUUUAAAAGGAUUUGUUAGUGAUUGUGAUUACUUGAGAAUUUCGUGGCGAGUGAAUACCUGAAAGGAUGCUACAUACAUCCAGCUUGCUUCAGUGUGCUUCUUUGUGAACCCCUUUGGACAUUCGUUUAUAUUCCGCUUUUAGUUAAUUUCCGUGUGAACCAAAUGUUCCCUUCGGCCACCUUUGCAACGACACCGGGUGCCGAAGGUUCUCCGCCAUUCGUGCGCAAGUUUCGUCCGGAAAUUGAUCUUCACCUUAACGUCAGUCCCGAACCAAUGUCCGAUGGAUACGAGGCUUAUGCCGAUCUAUCUUCACAAUCGUCCACGUCCGCCACGAUCGCACGGCGCGCUGGCUCACCAUCGACCGCCGUUUGUGCGAUCGGAUUUCUACCGAUCGAUUCCGUCUCGAAGGGUUAUAUACCGGAGGAAGUAUGCCUAAAGGUGGCACACCAUUCCACACACGGUGCUUCCGCGAACCCGCGAACGACCAUGAUACGGAAGUCAUCGUCGACGGGGUUGCUGACGGCGAACGAAUCGGUCACGGCAAUGAAAAGUUCCAACUGGAUCCGAUCGAUCCGGUUGGCUAGCGAUGUGCGCAGUUUUAACGCACUGUUAGAGCUGACCACGACCCAUCUGCUACGUGUUAGACUCACGGGCGAUGUCAACAAUGGUGAGGAGCUGAAGCUGUGGUUCUCAGAAGAUGUGAUAGCGCACAUGCAAAUACCUUUUCUCACGCCAAUUAACAUUCAAAGACAAAAUUGUUACGUUUGUCACCUGUGUCAGAAGUCGUACGAAUAUCCCAAUCCACUUAAGAUUCACCUGGCCACCAGCUGCAAUCGUGAACCGAUCUCAAUCCUUUGGCACCGUUUACAUCAAGCACUUGCGACCCGUUACGGUGCUCCUUUCAGUCCGCUGUACGAUUUCCAGCCGUGGCGUAAUUCCGCUUUCCGGCCCGUACUUAAUGCACACGCCGUCAAAAUGGAUCACAUUUCGCCUCCGUCGCCACACCGUCACAGGUUGCAUCAGCCACCGCCGGUCGAACCGGUACCGGCGGAUGAACCGACCGGUGCGCAUCUGGUCACGGCCGCUCACCUCGAAACGAUCGUCAGCAAUAUGGGAUCUUCCAAGCAAGGGCACGUGUGCAUCUACUGUGGAAAGUUGUACUCGCGCAAGUAUGGUCUAAAGAUUCACAUCCGCACGCAUACCGGAUUUAAGCCGCUCAAGUGCCAAUACUGUCUGCGACCGUUCGGUGAUCCGAGCAAUUUGAACAAACACAUUCGACUGCAUCGGCAGCACGAUGGUUCGCUGUACGAGUGUAAUUUGUGCGGCAAGAAGUUGGCCCGCCGGCGGGAUCUACAGCGACAUCUACAGGCGCGGCACAACAGCACACAGAUUAUUGACCAAUCGACCACAUCCGAGGAUGAUGACGAUGAUCGCGAGGAAGACGGAGAAACGGGACAGCGAAGAAGCGCUAGCAGCGGAGGACGGCGGGAAACGGACAGUUGAGGCAAUU